UCUUUCUUUGGAUUUUUCCCUUAUAAUCACAAUAUGCUUGGCCUUGAGUCCUUGGCAGACCCCUCCGAUACAUGGGAUAUAAUCGACACCAUUGGUAAAGGUACAUAUGGCAAAGUUUACAAAGUCAGCAACAAGACAGAUGGCAGCCUGGCCGCGGUGAAGAUCUUGGAUCCAGUCAGUGAUUUGGAUGAAGAGAUUGAGGCAGAAUACAACAUAUUGCGGUCGCUUCCAAAUCAUCCGAAUGUUGUGAUGUUUUUUGGAAUGUUUUACAAAGCUGAUCAGUAUAUCGGAGGGCAACUGUGGCUGGUUCUUGAGCUGUGCAAUGGCGGAUCUGUUACAGACCUGGUUAAAAGCAUCUUGAAGUGUGGGCAGCGCUUGGAUGAAAUGAUAAUCUCCUACAUUCUGUACGGAGCUCUCUUGGGACUUCAGCAUUUGCACAACAAUAGAAUCAUUCAUCGUGACGUCAAAGGGAACAAUAUUCUCCUCACGACGGAAGGCGGAGUCAAGCUGGUUGACUUUGGUGUUUCAGCGCAACUGACCAGCGCGCGCCUACGGAGAAACACAUCUGUGGGGACUCCAUUUUGGAUGGCACCAGAAGUCAUUGCUUGCGAGCAGCAAUACGAUUACUCCUAUGAUGUGCGCUGUGACGUGUGGUCCCUGGGGAUCACAGCCAUUGAACUAGCUGAUGGAGACCCGCCUUUGUCUGACAUGCACCCUGUCAAAGCUCUCUUCAAGAUCCCCAGGUACGACACUAGAUGGCUGUCUUUGCUCACUAGACGUUUCAUAAUAACCUCAAUGAAUCACAUUCUAACUAUCCAUUUUCAUAAUAAAUAG